AUGGGUGACAGGGGAACAAGCAAUCACGCAGAAGUGACUGACUUCAUUCUUGUAGGCUUCCAGGUCCACCCAGAGCUUCACAGUCUCCUCUUCCUGCUAGUUCUACUUAUAUAUGCCAUGGUCUUUCUAGGGAAUGUUAGGAUGAUGGCCAUUAUUAUGACUGAUCCCCAGCUGAACACACCAAUGUAUUUCUUCCUAGGCAAUCUCGCCUUCAUUGAUCUCUUCUCAUCUGUUAUCGCACCCAAGGCCAUGAUCAACUUCUGGUCUGAGAGCAAGUCCAUCUCCUUUGCAGGCUGUGUGACUCAGUUCUUGCUCUUUGCCGUCUUCAUUGUGACCAAGGGAUUUCUCAUGGCAGCCAUGGCUUAUGACCACUUCAUUGCCACCUGCAACCCACUCCUCCACUCUGUCCAGAUGUCAACACAUCUCUGCACUCAGUUGGUGGCUGGUUCCUAUUUUUGUGGCUGCAUCAGCUCAGUUCUUCUGACCAGCAUGACAUUUACUUUAUCCUUUUGUUCUUCUCGGGCCAUUGACCACUUUUACUGUGAUGACAGUCCACUUCAGAGGAUUUCUUGUUCUGAUCUCCACAUUCAUAAGAUCGUUUCUUUUUUCUUAUGCAGCAUUAUUAUUCCUACUAUAACUGUCAUUAUUGUGUCCUAUAUGUAUAUUCUGUGCUCAGUUCUAAAGAUCCACUCCACUGAAGGAUGUAAGAAAGCCUUCUCCACUUGCAGCUCUCUCCUAGGAGUCAUGAGUGUACUGUAUGGUGCCAUUAUUUUUAUGUAUUUCAUCCCUGACAGAUUUCCUGAGCUGAGAAAAGUGGCCUCCUUGUGUUAUACCCUAGUCACUCCCAUGUUGAAUCCUUAA